UCGCCACAUCCGGAGCCGCUCUGACGCCUGCGCUGUGCGUCUGGCGGUCGGUGACGUCGAGUGAAAUCCAAGAUGGUGGCGCUUGGCUGACCCUACCGUGACGGAAGUGCCGCCUCCGCCCGCCUGACAGCCCGGGAGAGCUCUGAGCUGCCCCUCCGCCACCGCCGCUAUGUCUGGCCUCAGCAACAAGCGCGCCGCCGGCGACGGGGGCUCAGGACCCCCAGAGAAGAAGCUGAACCGCGAGGAGAAGACUACGACCACUCUAAUCGAGCCCAUUCGUCUCGGGGGCAUUUCUUCCACGGAGGAGAUGGAUUCCAAGGUGCUGCAGUUUAAGAAUAAGAAGCUGGCGGAGCGGCUGGAGCAGCGGCAAGCCUGUGAGGACGAGCUCCGGGAGAGAAUUGAGAAAUUGGAGAAGAGGCAGGCCACGGACGAUGCCACACUCCUCAUCGUCAACCGCUACUGGGCCCAGCUGGAUGAAACUGUAGAAGCCCUUCUCCAGUGCUACGAGAACCAGAGGGAGCUGUCUUCAUCAGGGACAGAGGUGCCUGGGUGCCAAGAGGGCCUAACCCGUGAUGUGAUCCCUCGAACAGAUCCAGGGACAUCAGAUCUGAGGGAACCACUGCCGAUGCAGUUCCGAGCCCCUCUCAGUGAGCCAGCCUUGGCUUUUGUGGUGGCACUGGGCGCCAGCAGCUGUGAGGAAGUAGAGCUGCAGCUGCAGGGUCGCAUGGAAUUCUCCAAGGCUGCUGUGUCUCGGGUGGUAGAGGCCUCGGACCGCCUACAGCGUCAGGUGGAAGAACUCUGUCAGCGAGUAUACAGCCGGGGCUCUGUAUUCUCAGGGGACAGUGAGGCGCCCGGGGAGGUGGCACGGGCACGCACCCGGGAACUAGGCAGAGAGAACCGUAGGCUACAGGACUUGGCUACUCAGCUGCAGGAGAAGCACCACCGCAUCUCGUUGGAGUACUCUGAGCUCCAAGACAAAGUGACAUCGACGGAGACCAAGGUCCUAGAGAUGGAGACAACAGUGGAGGACUUACAGUGGGACAUCGAGAAGCUGCGCAAGCGAGAACAGAAGCUCAAUAAGCACUUGGCAGAGGCCUUGGAGCAGCUCAACUCUGGCUACUAUGUGUCUGGGAGCUCCACGGGCUUUCAGGGAGGCCAGAUCACACUCAGCAUGCAGAAGUUUGAGAUGUUGAAUGCAGAGCUGGAAGAAAAUCAGGAAUUGGCCAAUAGCCGAAUGGCAGAGCUCGAGAAGCUACAGGCUGAGCUUCAGGGGGCUGUUCGGACCAAUGAACGUCUCAAGGUGGCCCUGCGAAGCCUUCCUGAGGAGGUCGUUCGUGAGACGGGGGAGUACCGCAUGCUGCAGGCCCAGUUCUCACUGCUCUACAAUGAGUCUUUGCAAGUGAAGACCCAGCUAGAUGAGGCCCGGGGGCUGCUGCUGGCCUCCAAGAACUCCCACUUGAGACACAUCGAACAUAUGGAGAGCGAUGAGUUGGGGCUGCAGAAGAAGCUGCGCACAGAAGUUAUCCAGCUGGAAGACACCCUGGCCCAGGUACGCAAGGAGUACGAGAUGCUGCGCAUUGAGUUUGAGCAGAACCUUGCGGCCAACGAGCAGGCUGGGCCUAUCAACCGUGAAAUGCGCCACCUGAUUAGCAGCCUCCAGAACCACAAUCACCAGCUAAAAGGAGAUGCCCAGCGAUAUAAGCGGAAACUUCGAGAAGUACAGGCUGAGAUUGGUAAACUCCGGGCACAGGCCAGCGGCUCUUCCCACUGCGGCCCCAACUUGAGCCACCCCGAUGACUCUGGCCUCAAUGCCCUUGCCCCAGGGAAAGAAGAUAGUGGGCCUGGCCCUGGAGGCACCCCUGACAGCAAGAAGGAGUUGGCUUUAGUGGCGGGAGCUACGUCUGCUGCUUCUUCCGUAAAGAAAGAGGAGCUGGUCUCCUCCGAAGAUGAUGCUCAGGCCCUAGCCCCUGGAACCCAGGGCUUGCCCUCCCGGGGCCGAGAACCUGAGGCCAGACCCAAGCGGGAACGGGAAGGGCCUAGCCUGGGACCCCCACCUGCAGCCUCCACUCUGUCCAGGGCUGAUCGAGAAAAGGCCAAGGCAGAGGAAGCCAGGAGGAAGGAGUCAGAACUGCUCAAAGGUCUCCGAGCAGAGCUCAAGAAGGCCCAGGAAAGCCAGAAGGAGAUGAAGCUGCUGCUGGACAUGUACAAGUCCGCACCCAAGGAGCAGCGGGAUAAGGUGCAACUCAUGGCAGCUGAACGGAAGGCCAAGGCCGAGGUGGAUGAGCUUCGGAGCCGCAUCCGAGACCUGGAAGAGAGAGACCGAAGAGAAAGCAAGAAGAUUGCCGAUGAGGAUGCCCUGCGGCGGAUCCGGCAGGCAGAAGAGCAGAUUGAACACUUGCAACGCAAAUUGGGUGCGACCAAGCAGGAGGAAGAGGCACUGCUGUCGGAGAUGGAUGUGACAGGUCAAGCCUUUGAGGACAUGCAGGAGCAAAACGGGCGGCUGCUCCAGCAGCUACGGGAAAAGGAUGACGCCAACUUCAAGCUCAUGUCAGAGAGGAUCAAGGCCAACCAGAUUCACAAGCUGCUCCGAGAAGAGAAGGACGAGUUGGGCGAGCAGGUUCUUGGCCUUAAGUCCCAGGUGGAUGCCCAGCUGUUGACAGUCCAGAAGCUUGAGGAAAAGGAGCGAGCUCUGCAGGGCAGCCUUGGGGGUGUCGAGAAGGAGUUGACAUUGCGCAGCCAGGCCCUGGAGCUUAAUAAGAGAAAGGCUGUAGAAGCAGCCCAGUUGGCUGAGGACCUGAAGGUGCAGUUGGAGCAUGUGCAGACUCGGCUUCGAGAGAUCCAGCCCUGCCUGGCAGAGAGCCGGGCUGCCCGGGAGAAAGAGAGCUUCAACCUCAAGAGAGCUCAGGAGGACAUUUCCCGGCUGCGGCGCAAACUAGAGAAACAGCGGAAAGUAGAAGUUUAUGCAGAUGCGGAUGAGAUCCUGCAGGAGGAGAUCAAGGAGUACAAGGCCCGGCUGACCUGCCCCUGCUGUAACACCCGCAAGAAGGACGCUGUGCUUACCAAGUGCUUCCACGUCUUCUGCUUUGAAUGUGUGCGGGGCCGCUAUGAGGCCCGCCAGAGGAAGUGUCCCAAGUGCAACGCUGCCUUUGGUGCCCACGACUUCCACCGUGUGUACAUCAGCUGAACCUGAAACUCAGGGGACUUUGAAACAUCCAUAUACCUAGGGGCUGUGCCCCCAGCUCCCCACUCCCCCGGGGGCAAUGGCCCCAACCUCCCUCCCAGACUCCAUGAGCCCAGCCCCUCUAUGCCGAGAUGGUUUGGGGGCCACUGGUGCAUGCAGGAGAGGUGGGACUAACCGAGCUGAGUGCCAUCUUCUCCUGAAUGUCACAUCUGCAGCCUCUGGGACUCCCGGGUUCACAACAUCCCACUGUAACCUCGGGAGCUGGCCAGACCUGUUUCUACUGAGAAGGCAGAUACAUCCUUGCCCCUAAAGGGGAUCCCUCCACCAGGAGAGGGCUCACCACAAGCCUGCACAAGCUCAGUAGUGACCAGGGACCAUUUGCGUGGCAUUGGGUCCUGACCCAGGGAGCCUUUCUUCACCUCCUCAGCCCUCGGCCUGGCAGGGAUUUAGCCUUCCAGUGGAGUUUGCUGUACCCUUGUGUAGCUUUUGUGUUAAAGAAGGUGCACUCCUGGGUGUCUGCCCUCUUCAGGGACACUCUGCAGUUACGGACACUGCCUGCUCAUAGUCUGAUUCAGGGUCAUCAAUUUAUUAUUUUUUUUUUUUAGCCAGACACUUUCCAAUCUCCUGCUUUUCUCCUAAGCCCACUUUACCCUUCCUCACACAUCCUGAUGGUCCCUUGAGUACCUGGCCCUAGCCCUGCUUUCUUUCAUCCUGGUGGUCUUAAUUGUGGAGGUGCAACUUACCAGGAGGGAAGAGACAAUCUAGCACUUCCAGUCAUUCCAGGUAGAAGAGCUUGGCCUGUCCUCCAGCUAGCCUGCACUGGUACUCCUGAACACCGGAGACAGGACCUAGUGGAGCUGGGAGAUGGCGCUGCAGAUAGCUACAGGAUCUUUUGGACUCACAGCCUCUGCUCUAGAGGCGUCGUGUAUGGGCUGCUAAUUGUUAUGAAUAAAUACCCAACCCUAGGCUGAGAGAAGCCUGUCCCCUUGGUCUAAA